AUGUCGAAUUUCCACGAACAUUAUUCAGAACUUCUCAAAAAAUUACCCCCUUCCAUAAAAAAGAAUAUAUGGAAUCGACUUAUUUCUAGAGUACAUAAUCCUUUAUCGGAAGAACAGGCAAGUUGUAUUAAUCCUGAUAUUGAAAUAUUGUUAAUUAGUGAGAUUGAUAAAUAUACAAAGAAAAAAAAUCGUCAACGAAUCACCUCUUCUCCUAUUCAAAGUUCAGAAAUACCCAUUCAAACUAGCUCCGAAGUGGUCAUCCUAAAGGAUAAUAUACAAAUAAGUAACUCUGAGGAAGAAAUUAAUGCUCGAGUUAAAGAAGCUACAGAUACAAUGCAUCAAAAAUUUAUUGAAACUACACAGGAAACAUUAAAUUCUAUUAAGCAACAGAAAGAUGCAGAGUGUAAACAAAUUCGUUUAGAUAUGGCUCUCAAGUCUAGAAAUUUAUUCGAACAUACAUUAAAAAAAUAUAUUCGGGAUGGAACUAUAUAUAAUCUUAUUCAUUUAUUGGAAGAAGAAGAUGGUAGAACUUAUCCCGAUAUAUUCAGGAAAAAUUGA